AGGGACCCAACUGAUGAAUUUGGCAUAAUUGAGUCAAGACACGUCGUGGACAUGGGUCACGUCCUGCGCAUGCAUACUGCCAUCAUGAACCAUUCCAGGGAGUGCGAGUUCGGCAAGAUGAAGCUAUUGAAGGUAGAGGAUUCAGGAAUGCUUGGCGUCUUCUACUUCAAAUGUGACCAAUGCGAAAAGGUGAUGCAACUACGCACCGUGCCGCCUGGAGACGACAUCAACAAGCAGCUAGCUUGGGGCUCCAGAAGCAUAGGAGUAGGCUUUGCGCAGGCUCAAGAGCAAAUGGCCGUUCUAAACGUGAAGGUACCGUCAAAAAAUACAUUCAGGAAGAAAAUCAAUGCCGUAGGGAAGGUUUGGCGGCAGCUUCAUGAGGAGGAACGCGCGAAAGCAAUCGCGGAGGAGAAGAAGUUAGCAGAAGAGGCGGGCGAUGUCGACCAGGGAAUUCCCUUCAUCACAGUCAAGGUGGAUGGGGGGUGGUGUCGCCGGACGUAUGGCCAUGGCUAUGGGGCAAAAUCUGGAGUGGCUGUCAUCAUAGGCGCCCGGACCAAGAAGCCACUCUAUGUGGGGGUGGACAAUAAGUACUGCCAGUUGUGUAUCAAGGCCAGGAAAAUGAAGGAGGAGCCGCGUCCUCAUGAUUGCAUUGUCAAUUAUCAGGGGCCGUCUACGGGCAUGGAGGCUGACAUUAUCAUUAGGGGGCUGAAUUUCAUUCAGAAGGAGCAUAGCGUCUGGCCUAAGUAUAUUGUUGGCGAUGGCGAUGCAAGUGUGUUCUCGAGGAUUCAGCAGCAGACGACUCGAGGCCGAUUUUGCGAGAAGAUCGAGUGCGCCAAUCAUGCUGUGAAGAACUUUACUUCCAGAAUGCACGCCAUCGCGAAAAAUACGAAUGGUGACAAAGAGGGUCGUGUCCUGCUGAAGCCGCUGAUUCCUCGCCUCACUAGUGGUGCACGAGGGGCUAUCCGCAAUAAUGUGGGCCAGAGUGUGGACCAACUGCGCGCCGACCUGUGGAACGGCCCCAUGCACGUGUUUGGGGAGCAUUCACAGUGCGGCGCUUUCUGCGAUCGCAAGGACUCUGACGAGCCCAACAAUGUGGACAUAGCAACAAAGACAGACGUUCUGAGCAAGGUGCGUGCGGCAAUCCAGACUUUGGUGAACAACGCGGCCAAGCUCCGUUUGAAUGAAACCACCAAUCACUGUGAGUGUUUUAUGUCCUUACUAGCUAAGCUCACAGGAGGCAAAAGGGUGGACUUGUCCACUGGCUGGCUCUAUGAACAUUGUUGCUAUGCCGCGGCGUUGGCCUACCUAUUUGGACCUGCCUGGCACCUCGUCGCGUGGGAGGCCGCGAUGGGAAGCCCCCUGGGCAGUGUGGCUCAGAAAGUGUUCAGCGCGAGGGCCGUUGAGAACGAACGGUUGCGGAGCAAGCGACUCGCGGACCGCGAGGCGAGGGAACGCGGUGAGUGGGUACCUCGGCGGCGGGCCCCCGGCGGUGCGCCUGACGAACACUACGGACGGACACAGGAACAGGUACUGCAGGAACAACCCGACGUCUCUGACGACGAGCUGCAACGACGCAUAGACCUAAAAAUUGGGGAACUUUGCGACCAAGUCCCGGACGAUUCGACUUCUUUGAGGGUAGCAACGGUGGAGACAGUGGGGCAGCACAACAACGACUACUACAAGACUCUGAGAAAGGACCGAGUGACUGCCUGUUGGGCCGGUGACAUUAUGAGCAAGAGAGACACCACUUGCCGGGGUAAUCUUGUCAAGGCAAUACUCUACGGGCCUGACAUUGGCAAAAAGGAACAAAUACAGAAGGGCCAUGCCGCCGAAGUUGAUGCCAAGAAGGCGUACGAGGCGCUGCGCGGCACCAAGGUGGUGGAGUGCGGAAUUUUCAUACGCCCCGAACUUCCCCACCUUGGUGCCAGCCCCGACGGCUUGGUCGGCACGGACGGGCUCAUCGAGGUAAAAAAUUUCUCAAAAUUAGACGGAAGAACCAUUUUGCAAACUUUUGGCCACCCUGAUACACGACAAAAGCUUCGCAGUGUCCUAAAAUUCAAAAAAAAGAUGUCCCGUAAAGAAUUAGCAAAAGUCCAUGUUGUAAGUAAAUUUGACGUUGAGCCAAAUGAGAACAGUAAGCCAUAUGUACAGGUUCAAAUGCAGCUCGCCCUGUCGGGUCGGGAAUGGUGCGACCUCGUUCUGAUUGCAGGCACAGACAUGGAGAUUUUCAGAAUCCAGAGAGAUAGACAUUAUUGGAACAGGACACUUGAACCGACACUUACCAAUUUUUAUUAUGAUUGCCUUUUACCAGAGAUGCUCGACAGCCGGACAAUCAGGGGUUGUGCUCCACGUGAACCUCAGUAUGUCAUACAGGCGCAGCAACGGAAUCAACACAACGAUGAUUCCGAUGAAGACUGAUGAAACUUUCUCUUCUCAUUUGGCUUUUACUUUAUUUGAUAUUAUUGCACCUUGAUGUGGCCCGUUCGUGGCGCGUGCCGUGCCCCUCUCUGUCGAGGUGUCUUUCGCCUAUACUAGCAUGAUGGGGAAAAGGGGGAGGGGGGGGGACACUGAAAUGUAAAAUAAAAGUUGUACAUACUUAUGCUUUCAGGACAAAGCUAUUUGAUCUUUGUUGUCAUCUUGCUACAAUCUGUUUUGUAUAAAAGUGCCUUGCCGUCCGAAUAAAAUAAAUUUUUUUACUAUGCCGCAAGCGUUUUCAUUCCUACAAACACCUGAUACAGCGUCACAAUUUCACUGCCUCAGUCCUCGGGAAAG